UAUGGGGAAGCAGAUGGGAUCCAUCGAUGGGGCUAGUUUAGCGAUCGGUUCCCCAAAAGCAAAGCCAGUCCGCGCGCACCGCCUUCGUCAUUGACGGCCAACCUUCUAAGACCCGUCCUCUACUGACCAAGAGAUCUGCCCCGAUUCCAUUUUCCCUGAUUCAACCUUUUGGGCGCGAAGUCUGUUUUCGGGGCUCUGUUGUUGUGUCGUACGCAUCCGCGCACCCCCCAUCUCACCACCCGGGCGCAUAACUGACUCUGCGCGCCGUCAUUGGAUACGCGGCCAUUCCUGUGGCUUGCCCUCCCAAACCUCAAACGAAUCUUUUUUGCGCCCGCCUGUCUCUUGUGCGAAUACCACGGACACACUCUCGCUCGGAUAGCGAUCAUACGGACGCAAUGCCCCUCUGCGGAGGUUCGAAGACGGUGUCGCGGAAGUUGGUCUUGCUUGGCGAUGGUGCGUGUGGAAAGACUUCUUUACUGAACGUCUUCACGAGAGGUUACUUCCCGACGGUUUACGAGCCAACAGUCUUCGAAAACUACGUACAUGAUAUUUUCAUCGAUAACACUCAUGUUGAGCUCAGUUUGUGGGACACGGCCGGGCAGGAGGAGUUUGAUCGGCUACGAUCGCUCUCCUACGACAACACACACGCAAUAAUGCUAUGCUUCAGCGUUGAUUCUCCAGACUCCCUGGAAAACAUCGAGACCAAAUGGAAAUCGGAAAUUGAAGAGAAUUGUCCAGGCGUCAAACUUGUUCUUGUAGCGCUCAAGUGUGAUCUACGCGAGCGAUCACAGGAAGACGAGGAGGACGGCGCACAGGAACCUAAGAGGCCGAUGAUUGAGUACAAGGCAGGCUUGCAAGUCGCGCAGAGGAUAAAGGCAUUGAGAUAUCUCGAAUGUUCUGCGAUGAAGAACCGGGGAGUCAAUGAAGCUUUCACAGAGGCUGCCAGAGUGGCACUUUCUGUGAAGAACCCGGCGGACAAAUCAUCGUCUUGUGCCAUCAUGUAAGUCCUGCGGAAGUUUGUGCGAGAUAGCAGGAUAUGGAUCCAGAGAACGGGCGAGCAGUAAGCGGAAAGUGGGGGCGGCAACAGAUGGUACAUGCAUUUUCAGUUCACUUUCUUCAUACUUCUUGCUUUACACACGCCGUAUGCGAGUACACACCCCUGUUUCUCGACAACGGCCAUAUCUGGAGCGAGGGCGUUUGUUCGGUACGGUGAUGAUCGCAGUGGUCAAAGUGUGCGAUAUGGAAGCACUGUUGGUGCAGGAUUCAGGAUCGUGAUUGAGUGACGUCUGGAUCCAUCCAUGAGCUUUCAGCACGCCUAUGUCAGUUCAGGAUUUCCCAAGAAAAAAAAACCCCGAUUAUUAAUGUUGUUUGGCAUUCAUUCCCCUUUUUCAGCCUUUUCGUCUACAUAAGCGCAAGAGACAUUUUGCAUCGGCUCCCAAUAGCCAUUAGAUAGGUAUGUCUGUGUACAGGUUAAUGUCUACUAAAAGCGGGAAAGUCUUUGAACAGCACGGAAGCAGGUUGGGCAGCGAGGCGGUGUCACAUUGCAGCGAAUUGAUUUUGUUUUCAUGGUAUCGAUUCAUUGAUCAAAGGCGAUAAUUGCCUUCUUCCAG